AUGUUAGAGAACAAAACUGUAUUGACAAAGUACCUAGCGAAGCGAGAGCUAGGUUACAUCAUAAUGUUAGAGAACAAAACUGAGGUGUCGACGAGAGACGGGACGACGAUCGACGAGCGGAAGUACCGUAUGGUGCAGAAGUCAAGAAGUACCGGGCAGUAUGGUGCUGAUGGUGAUCAAGAUAACAAGAUAAUAAUGGCAGAGCACAACACAGAAUCUCAAUCAAUUGCUCCAUUGACGGUCGACGUAAACAAAUUGGUACAUACUGGUCAACACAAACAAAUAGUAUGCAAGUAUCCGUCCCAGUCCAUAAAGCAGAACCACCUCCCUCGAAUAUCUACAUCAAAAGCUGGCCCACAUCACUAUGUCACGGUGAUCCAGACAACAUUAGCUAUCAUCUGGUUAUAUGUGUGCCUUAUUGGCACGCCUGGGGCAAUUAUUAUCCUCAACCUGCGCACCCUUGCAAUUAUCGAGUAA